AGUCAACACCGAAUUAGUGUGUGACCGAAAUUAGUGUGAUCCUGGCCGAUCUUUAUGGACAAAUAAUCGAUAGAUUUGGCGAAUAAUCAGCACAAAAGUCAACCAAAAUUUGGGGAAAAGGCCAAUAUUACACUUGAUGUUUCAGCACGGGGGAGUUGGCAAAUGCUCCGACUUCGUCGACGGACAUGGCGAUGCUGCCGCGAGGAACGCUUUCUUCCUCGGUGUCGUCGGGGAUUCGUUUACCCCCGACAGUGUCAUCGUCGCUACUGUCGUCCCCGUUUUUGUCGUUUGUGGUGGUGGUGUCGGUUUCGCCGACUUUGUUGUUCGGCGUUCCCGAGCACGAUGCCGUGUCCGUCUCGUGGUACCGCGCUCGUCGGCUACGGAACACGACUACGACCAGCACCAGCAGAAGACAUGCGACGCCGGCGGCCCCCGCGACCGCCAUGGCGCGGCCGUCCCCCGCCUUCAACAUGUCCACAAAGUCGCUAAAGCUUGUCGACGUCGUCGGCCGGACGUGCGUCACAUGCUCCUCCGGUUGCGCCUGGAAGGCGGCGUUCUGUGCCGGCGUCUGGCAGACGGUGACCCCUUGGUCCACCGUGAUCCAGUUGGUGAUGUCGCCGUUGUCUUUGACGCGUCCGCACGUGGUCAGUUCAAAAUGGUCCUUGGGGUUCUCUUCGAAAUGUAAAAUGUACUUUCCCGCCACUUGCUUCUCGCUCUCGAGGCUGCAUGUGAUGUGCGUCACCACCGAGUACACUUGCGGCGCGGACGGGGCACCACCAAGCAACUUCUCGAAGGACACACCCACGCAAUGGAACUCGUCGCACACGUUCGUGCGGUUGUACGCGGCGAAUGCGCGGUACGACGCCUUCGCGAGCGCGCCCGAGUGACUCGAAUCGAUGUUCUCCCAUCGCGUGGUAUUGAGACCCGACGAGUUGGCGGACGCAGCCGAUGGAGAGAUCGAUGUGAAGGGAGUAGGCGCUUUUGUGGAACUUGAGGCGGAACCUGCCGUCGCCGGGGUGAGAGUGGUGCCGUACGGAUCUACAUCUUCCUCAACUUUGCGGGAACCAGCGGGGCAUGGCGGGUAGUUGCAAUUGUUCUUGGGAUCCCGCGUCAACUGGAUCAACUCGCCCGUCUUGAGGUUUUCGCAUACCUUGUAUUCCUCCACACACGCCAUGAUGGCAGCAGACUCGACGGACGCUUCGGUGGCGGUCUGUAGCGUUAAUGCAAAAGUGCGGCAGGAACAUGGAUGUUUAUUGGGUUCGGUAA